AUGCCAGCUUGGUUUGAUUUGUACACCUACGAUCUGCCCGUAACACCGCCCCCCGCUGGCGAGGAAGACGAAGAAGGAAUUCGGCAGAGCAUUAUGGCUCUAGACACUCUCCUGACCGACACCAUCGCAGAGUCUGGUGUUGACCCAAGCCGUAUUGUUCUUGGUGGAAUUUCCCAAGGCGGCGCUAUGUCCCUCCUCACGGGCCUGACCAUACCCACAAAGCUGGGCGGGCUGAUUGCGCUCAGUUCACGUCUUCCCUUACGAUACAAAUUCAAAUCGAUGACCUCAUCUCAUGCAUCGAGCAUUCCAAUCUUCUGGGGACACGGAACGGCGGACAGAAUCGUUACAUUGGAGCUCGGCCAAGCUUCUGCUCAGUACCUAAUCAACGAAGUUGGCAUACCACGGUCAGACCCGCCUGGCGCACCGCAAGGACUGAGCUUCCUUGAGUAUUCCAACCUCGAACAUAGGCUCCGUGACGAUGAACUGUUGGACGUAAUGGCGUGGCUGAAGAAGAUAAUUCCAGCUCAAUGA